GCGGCGUGGUGGUGUUUCUGAUUGAGAAACGGGAGAAUAACAAACCACCCCCACCUCUCGGUGCUUUUAUUAGCAAUCAAGGAUUUAUCAUUCGCAAUUGAGAAGAAAAAAACAUAAUUCGUUGGGGGAUUACAAGAAGCCUGUCGCGGCAGCGUCUUGGCCCGCGAUGGCUGCGCACAAACCCGUAGAAUGGGUUCAGGCCGUAAUUAAUAGAUUUGACGAUCAGCUUCCCGUCAAAGUGGGGCAACAAAACACCCACACCAAAGUCAGCACCGAGCACAAUAAGGAGUGCCUCAUCAAUAUCUCCAAGUACAAGUUCUCCCUGGUCAUCAGCGGACUGACCAACAUCCUGAAGAAUGUCAACAACAUGCGGAUAUUCGGGGAGGCAGCGGAGAAGAACCUGUAUCUCUCUCAGCUCAUCAUCCUUGACACUCUGGAGAAGUGUCUCGCGGGGCAACCGAAGGACAGCAUGCGUCUGGACGAGACGAUGCUGGUGAAGCAGCUGCUGCCGGAGAUCUGCCACUUCAUCCACACGUACCGCGAGGGCCACCAGUACGCCGCCCAGCUGCGCGCCUCCGCCUCCGGAGUGCUCUUCUCCCUCAGCUGCAACAACUUCAACGCCGUCUUCAGCCGCAUCUCCACACGGUUACAGGAGCUCACCGUCUGCUCUGAGGACACGGUGGACGUCCACGACAUCGAGCUCAUCCAGUACAUCAACGUGGACUGUGCCAAGCUCAAGAGGCUGCUGCAAGAGACCGUGUUCAAGUUCAAAGCCCUCAAGAAGCCGGCACAGCUGAGUGUCAUUAACAGUCUGGAAAAGGCAUUUUGGAAUUGGGUGGAGAACUACCCAGAUGAGUUCACCAUGCUGUACCAGAGGCCACAGGCAGACAUGGCAGAAUGUGCGGAGAAGCUGUUUGACUUGGUGGACAGUUUCGCGGAGAGUGCCAAGAGGAAGGCCGCCGUGUGGCCACUCCAGAUCAUCCUCCUCAUCCUCUGUCCAGACAUCACCCAGGAGCUCUGCCGCGAAACGGUGGACGACAGCAAAGCAAACAAGAAGCACUUUGUGGAUAACCUGCGUAAGGCGCUUGCUGGCCACGGGGGCAGUAAACAGCUGACGGAGAGUGCAGCUAUCGCCUGCGUGAAGCUGUGCAAGGCCUCCACCUACAUCAACUGGGAGGACCACUCCAACAUCUUCCUUCUGGUGCAGUCCAUCGUGGUGGACCUCAAGGCCUUGCUGUUCAACCCCACCAAGCCCUUCUCCAGGGGGGCGGGCAGUCAGAGUGCAGACGUGGAGCUGAUGAUCGACUGCUUUGUGUCCUGCUUCCGCAUCAACCCCCACAACAACCAGCACUUUAAGGUGUGCCUGGCCUCGUCCUCUCCUUCCACCUUCCACUUUGUGCUGGUCCACUCCCUGCACAGGAUCAUCACCAACUCUCCGCUGGACUGGUGGCCGAAGAUCGACGCGGUGUACUGUUACUCGGGCGAGCUGCGCACCAUGUUCGCCGAGACUCUGGGCCGAGUCACACAGACCUGCUCCAGCACCACACACGCCCCGCUGAAACUCACCUCGAGCCUGACGUUCAAGGAGAAGAUGACGAGCCUGAAACUGAGGGAGAAGACCACGGACCUGGACACCAGGAGCCACAACCUGCUGCUGGCGCUGGUCAAGCUCAUCCACGCUGACCCCAAGCUCAUGCUGCAUAACCCUGGGAAGCAGGGAGCGGACAUCCAGAGCAGCACUGCUGAGCUGAUCACGGGCCUGGUGCAGCUGGUGCCUCUGCCCAGCAUGGGAGACAUCUCUCCAGAGGCCAUGGAGGCUCUGUUAGUUCUGCACCAACCAGAGACCAUUGAGCUAUGGAACCCAGAUGCCCCCAUAGAAACCUUCUGGGAUAUCAGUUCCCAGGUUUUGUUUUUCAUCUGCAAGAAGCUGAUUGGCCAUCAGAUGAUGAACAACACAGAGAUCCUCAAGUGGCUGAGGGAGAUCCUCAUCUGCAGGAACAAAUUCCUCCUCAGGAACAAAGAGCGUGCGACGGCGGGCAGUGGGAUCCCCAUCUGCCGGCAUGCCCAGACGGUGCUGGAGGUGGGCCUGUACAUGUUCCUGUGGAGCCCCGACAUGGAGGCCGUGCUGGUGGCCAUGUCCUGCUUCCGCCACCUGUGCGAGGAGGCCGAGAUCCGCUGCGGCGUGGACGAGGUGCCCGUCCAGACCAUCCUGCCCAACUACAACACCUUCAUGGAGUUCGCCUCCGUCAGCAACAUGAUGGCCACAGGCCGGUCAGCACUGCAGAAGAGAGUGAUGGCGUUGCUGAGAAGGAUAGAUCACCCGACAGCUGGAAACAUCGAGGCCUGGGAAGACACCUACAGGAAAUGGGAGCAUGCCACCAAACUGCUCCUGAAUCACCCAAAAUCUAAGCUAGAGGAUGGCCAUACUCCGUUCUUCCAGGAGUGGAUCAACAUGACGGGCUUCCUGUGCGCUCUGGGCGGCGUGUGUCUGCAGCAGCGGACGCCUCCGCUCCUGGGCACCUACAGCCCGCCCAUGGGGCCUCUGUCGGAGCGCAAGGGCUCCAUGGUGUCCAUGGGCUCGUCCUGCGACGGCGCGGCCGAGACGCCGCUCAGCAAGUUCCUGGAGCGCCUGCUGUCGCUGAUGGUGUGCAACCACGAGAAGGGCCUGCAGAUCCGCACCAACGUCAAGGACCUGGUGGGGCUGGAGCUCAGCCCCGUGCUCUACCCCAUGCUCUUCAACAAGCUCAAGAACAGCAUCAGCCGCUUCUUUGACACGCAGGGGCGCGUUCCCAUAAAUGACACCAACACCCAGUUUGUGGAGCAGACCAUUGCCAUCAUGAAGAACCUGCUGGACAACCACACAGAGGGCAGCUCGGAGCACCUCGGCGUGGCCAGCAUCGAGACCAUGAUGCUCAACCUGGUCCGGUACGUGCGUAUCCUGGGCAACAUGGUCCAUGCCAUCCAGAUCAAGACCAGGCUGUGCCAGCUGGUCGAGGUGAUGAUGGAGAGGAGGGACGACUUGUCCUUCUGCCAGGAGAUGAAGUUCAGGAAUAAGAUGGUGGAGUACCUCACUGAUUGGGUCAUGGGCACCUCAAACCAGGCGGCCGACGAUGACAUCAAAUGCCUGACGAGGGACCUGGACCAGGCCAGCAUGGAGGCGGUGGUGUCCCUGCUCGCAGGACUCCCUCUCCAGCCGGAGGAGGGCGACGGAGUGGAGCUCAUGGAGGCCAAGUCUCAGCUGUUCCUCAAGUACUUCACACUGUUCAUGAACCUGCUGAACGACUGCAGUGAGGUGGAGGACGACGGGCAGCAGGUGGCGGGCAGGAAGAGGGGCAUGUCCCGCCGCCUGGCGUCGCUCCGCCACUGCACCAUCCUCGCCAUGUCCAACCUGCUCAACGCCAACGUGGACAGCGGACUCAUGCACUCCAUUGGGCUGGGCUACCACAAGGACUUGCAGACCCGUGCCACCUUCAUGGAGGUGCUCACCAAGAUCCUGCAGCAGGGCACGGAGUUCGACACGCUGGCGGAGACGGUGCUGGCUGACCGCUUCGAGCGGCUCGUGGAGCUCGUCACCAUGAUGGGCGACCAGGGCGAGCUGCCCAUCGCCAUGGCGCUGGCCAAUGUGGUUCCGUGCUCCCAGUGGGAUGAGCUGGCCCGCGUCCUGGUGACCCUGUUUGACUCGCGGCACCUCCUGUACCAGCUGCUGUGGAACAUGUUCUCCAAAGAGGUGGAGCUGGCCGACUCCAUGCAGACGCUCUUCAGGGGCAACAGCCUGGCCAGCAAGAUCAUGACCUUCUGCUUCAAGGUGUACGGCGCCACCUAUCUGCAGAAACUUCUAGAACCUCUGCUCAGGUCGGUCAUCACGGCCCCUGAGUGGCAGAUGAUCAGUUUUGAGGUGGAUCCCACCAGGCUGGAGGCGGGCGAGAUUCUGGAGGAGAAUCAGAGGAACCUGCGGCAGAUGACCCAGCGCUUCUUCCAGGCCAUUGUCAGCUCCUCCACGGAGUUCCCCCCGCAGCUGCGCAGCGUCUGCCACUGCCUCUUUCAGGCAACUUGCCAUUCUCUCAAGAGCAAAGCCACACUAAAAGACAAAAAAGAGAGCAAAAAAUCAGUGGUAAGCCAGCGGUUUCCCCAGAACAGUAUCGGGGCAGUGGGCAGUGCCAUGUUCCUGCGCUUCAUCAACCCUGCCAUCGUGUCACCCUACGAGGCGGGCAUCCUGGACAAGAAGCCCCCGUCCAGGAUCGAGAGAGGUCUGAAACUCAUGUCCAAGAUUCUGCAGAGCAUUGCCAACCAUGUGCUGUUCACCAAGGAGGAACACAUGAGGCCGUUUAAUGACUUUGUGAAAAGCAAUUUCGACGCAGCUAGAAAGUUUUUCUUGGACAUUGCGUCCGACUGCCCGGCCAGCGACUCGGUGAACCACAGCCUGUCCUUCAUCAGCGACGGCAACGUUCUGGCCCUGCACCGGCUGCUGUGGAACAACCAGGAGAAGAUCGGCCAGUACCUCUCCAGCAACAGGGACCAUAAGGCUGUGGGCAGGAGGCCCUUUGAUAAGAUGGCCACCCUGCUGGCCUACCUGGGGCCCCCAGAACACAAGCCGGUGGCGGACACGCACUGGUCAAGCAUGAACCUCACCAGCUCCAAGUUUGAGGAGUUCAUGACCAGGCAUCAGGUCCAUGAGAAAGAGGAGUUCAAAGCGCUCAAGACCCUUAACAUUUUCUACCAGGCCGGCACCUCUAAGAAUGGCAACCCUGUCUUCUAUUACAUAACCCGGAGGUUUAAGACGGGGCAGAUUAACGGCGACCUGCUCAUCUACCACGUGCUGCUGACGCUGAAGCCGUACUACGCCAAGCCCUACGAGAUCGUGGUGGACCUGACCCACGCCGGGCCCAGCAACCGCUUCAAGACGGACUUCCUGUCCAAGUGGUUCGUGGUGUUCCCGGGCUUCGCCUACGAGAACGUGGCCGCCAUCUACAUCUACAACUGCAACACCUGGGUGCGCGAGUACACCAAGUACCACGAGCGACUGCUGACCGGGCUGAAGGGCAGCAAGAAGCUCCUCUUCAUCGAUUCGCCGGCGCGCCUGGCCGAGCAUGUGGAGCCCGACCAGCAGAAGCUCCCCGCCGCCACGCUGGCUCUCGAGGAGGACCUCAAGGUCUUCCACAACGCCCUCAAACUGGCUCACAAGGACACCAAGGUCUCCAUCAAGGUGGGCUCCAAUGCAGUCCAGGUGACGUCGGCAGAGCGCACGCGUGUCCUGGGCCAGUCGGUCUUCCUGAACGACAUCUACUACGCCUCGGAGAUCGAGGAGAUCUGCCUGGUGGACGAGAACCAGUUCACACUGACCAUCGCCAACCAGGGCACGCCGCUCACCUUCAUGCACCAGGAGUGUGAGGCCAUCGUCCACUCCAUCAUCCACAUCCGCACGCGCUGGGAGCUCUCGCAGCCCGACUCCAUCCCGCAGCACACCAAGAUCCGGCCCAAGGACGUGCCGGGCACGCUGCUCAACAUCGCCCUGCUCAACCUGGGCAGCUCCGACCCCAGCCUCAGGUCUGCUGCGUAUAACCUGCUCUGUGCCCUGACCUGCACCUUUAACCUGAAGAUCGAGGGUCAGCUGCUGGAGACGUCCGGCCUAUGCAUCCCGGCCAACAACACGCUCUUCAUCGUGUCCAUCAGCAAGACCCUGGCGGCCAACGAGCCCCACCUCACCCUGGAGUUCCUGGAGGAGUGCAUCUCCGGCUUCAGCAAGUCCAGUAUUGAGCUGAAGCACCUGUGUCUGGAGUACAUGACCCCCUGGCUGCUGAAUCUGGUGCGCUUCUGCAAGCACAACGACGACGCCAAGCGCCAGCGCGUCACCGCCAUCCUGGACAAACUCAUCACCAUGACCAUCAACGAGAAGCAGAUGUACCCCUCCAUCCAGGCCAAGAUCUGGGGCAGUCUGGGACAGAUCACGGACCUGCUGGACGUGGUGCUGGACAGCUUCAUAAAGACCAGUGCCACCGGAGGCCUGGGCUCCAUCAAGGCCGAGGUGAUGGCCGAUACCGCCGUGGCUCUGGCCUCCGGCAACGUCAAGCUGGUGUCCAGCAAGGUAAUCAUCCGGAUGUGUAAGAUCAUCGACAAGACGUGCCUGUCUCCCACGGCGACGCUGGAGCAGCACCUGAUGUGGGACGACAUCGCCAUCCUGGCGCGCUACAUGCUGAUGCUGUCCUUCAACAACUCGCUGGACGUGGCGGCGCACCUGCCCUACCUGUUCCACGUGGUCACGCUGCUGGUGGCCACCGGCCCGCUCUCGCUCCGCGCCUCCACCCACGGCCUGGUCAUCAACAUCAUCCACUCGCUCUGCACCUGCGCCCAGCUCUGCUUCAGCGAGGAGACCAAGCAGGUGUUGCGUCUGAGCCUGACGGAGUUCUCGCUGCCCAAGUUCUACCUGCUCUUCGGCAUCAGUAAGGUCAAGUCGGCGGCGGUCAUCGCCUUCCGCUCCAGCUACCGCGACCGCUCCUUCUCCCCGGGCUCCUACGAGCGCGAGACCUUCGCCCUCUCCUCUCUGGAGACCGUCACAGAGGCCCUGCUGGAGAUCAUGGAGGCGUGUAUGAGAGACAUCCCUGGGUGUCGAUGGCUGGACCAGUGGACGGAACUUGCCCAAAAGUUUGCCUUCCAGUACAACCCGUCUCUGCAGCCCCGGGCGCUGGUUGUGUUUGGCUGCAUCAGCAAGCGGGUGUCCCACGGUCAGAUCAAACAGAUCCUGCGCAUCCUCAGCAAGGCCAGCCCGCUGCUCAGCAUCGACCGAGGCCUUGAGAGUUGUCUGAAGGGGCCAGACAGUUACAACAGCCAGACGUUGAUCGAGGCCACGGUCAUCGCCCUAACCAAGCUCCAGCCUCUGCUCAACAAGGACUCCCCCAUGCACAAGGCUCUGUUCUGGGUGGCGGUGGCGGUGCUGCAGCUGGAUGAGGUGAACCUGUACUCGGCCGGCACCGCUCUGAUGGAGCAGAACCUGCACACACUCGACAGCAUGCAUGUGUUCAACGACAAGAGUCCGGAGGAGGUGUUCAUGGAGAUCCGCAAGCCUCUGGAGUGGCACUGUAAACAGAUGGAUCACUUCGUGGGCCUCAACUUCACAACCAACUUCAACUUCGCCCUCGUAGGACACCUGCUCAAAGGCUACAGGCACCCGUCCCCCACCACGGUGGCGCGUACGGUCCGCAUCCUGUUCACGCUGCUGGGGCUGGUGGGGAAGCACAGGCAGUGCGACCGCUUCGAGGUCAACACCCAGAGCGUGGCCUACCUAGCAGCUCUCCUCACCGUCUCCGAGGAAGUGCGGAGCCGUUGCCGCCUCAAACACAGGAAGUCCCUGCUGCUCCCAGACAUCACCAUGGACACCAUUCCCAUGGACACCUACUCUUUGCAGCACGGUGACCCCAGCUGCAGGACGUUGCGGGAGAACCAGCCCUGGGCCUCGCCCAACGUGUCUGACCGGUACCUGACGGCCCACUACCCCACAGUGGGUCAGGUCAGCCCGCGCACCCGCAAGUCCAUGAGCCUGGACAUGGGCCAGCCCUCACAGGCCAACACCAAGAAGCUGCUGGGCACAAGGAAGAGCUUUGACCACCUGAUGCCCGACACCAAGGCGCCCAAGAGGGCAGAGAUGGAGGCGGGCAUCACCACGCCGCCCAAGAUGCGCCGAGUGGCAGAGAACGACUACGAGAUGGAGCCCCAGCGGAUGUCCCAGCACCACCAGCUGAGGAAGGUGUCCGUGUCAGAGUCCAACGUGCUGCUGGACGAGGAGGUCCUCACUGACCCCAAGAUCCAGGCUCUGCUUCUCACAGUGCUGGCCACUCAGGUGAAGAACACAACAGAUGAGUUUGACCAGAGGAUUCUGUAUGAGUUCCUAGCAGAAGCCAGUGUCGUCUUCCCAAAGGUCUUCCCGGUUGUGCACAACCUUCUGGACUCUAAGAUCAACACACUCCUGUCCAUGUGCCAAGACCCCAACCUGCUCAACCCGGUGCAUGGCAUCGUCCAGAGUGUGGUCUAUCACGAGGAGUCACCACCACAGUAUCAGCCUUCCUACCUGCAAAGUUUUGGUUUUAAUGGACUCUGGAGAUUUGCUGGGCCUUUCUCUAAGCAAACGCAGAUCCCGGACUACGCGGAGCUGAUCGUGAAGUUCCUGGAGGCGCUGGUGGACUCGUACCUGCCGGGCAUCGAGGAGGAGACGAGCGAGGAGACGCUGCGCACGCCCACCUCGCCCUACCCGCCCGCCGUGCAGAGCCAGCUCAGCAUCGCCGCCAACCUCAACCUGUCCAACUCCAUGACCUCGCUCGCCACCUCGCAGCACGCGCCAGCCUCUCUGCCUUGCUCUAAGUCCGCCGUAUUCCCACCACCCCUCGGCCGGCCAGGCAUCGACAAGGAGAACGUGGAGCUGUCUCCGACCUCGGGGCACGGCGGGAGCGGGAGCCGGGCGCGUCACGGAUCGGCCAGCCAGGUGCAGAAGCAGCGCAGCACGGGCAGCUUCAAGCGCUCCAGCAUCAAGAAGCUGGUGUGACCCCCUGCCCACCACGCCAAUGCUUCACCCGGGCACCGGUGCCCGUCGGAAUGCCAACCCUCUAUGCCACGACACACCAGUGGUCUAGCUGACCUAAACCGGCAGCCACCUGGUUUUGCCAGUGAUUGGGCUUGUUUUUUUCGUUUUUGAAAACCUCUCCAUCUUCUUGGUUAGACGUCCCGUUCUUAACGCCUGAAGAUCAACGUUUACGUGGGAGAGCAACCAGGAGCAGGAGUCUCAUGUUGUUUUUACUAAAAAGGGUCCAGUGUUCAGAUUGCUUUGGGAUGACUCGGAAGCUCCUCUUUAAAGGGCGUGUGUGUCGGUCGGUUGGUGCACACACACACACACACACACACACACACACACACACACACACACACACACACACACACACACACACACACUUACAAGUAUCUGACAUAAUCUGACACUAAAGGAGUGCACUGAAACGUUGAAACGGCUCAGAGGACACCAAGGAGACGGCCGCCAUUUCUUUACCUCUUCUGUUUGUUGACUGUGUUUCUGUUUCAGAACGCAAGUGUUCUUCCAUUUGCACAUCAGUGAUUUUUGUUUUAAUUCUAGUUCAUUUUUAAUGGGAUCAUCUUCUGUACAGACGGUUUAAGAAGGCAGACAAAGGACUCAUGGUGACCCUAGCCUUUUUCUGAUUGGAGGAGGGUUGUGUGGUGAAACCCUAGCCUUUUUCUGAUUGGAGGAGGGAGGGGUUGGUGAGCAAGGAUGCAACCUGGAGGUGUUUCAUCUGACUUUGGCCUAAUGUGUCACUGUGGUUCAAUGUGGAGAACCUGUCCUUACUCCAACACAGCACCACCACCAUCACCACCACCACCACCACCACCACCCCACAAGGACACAAGACAGAUGAGCCUUGUAAGGAUGCCAUCGCCUGUGUCCAGCCGUCUGUUUCAUAUCACAAGACCUGCGUUGGUGCUCACCUCACCUCACCUGUCCUCACCUCACCUGUCCUCACCUGACGGCCGUUCUUCCUCUUCCAUAAAGGAGCGAGGGUCCUCUGUGUAUUGGUCAGACUUUUCCGGCGCCAGUCUUGUGCUCCUGACCAAAGCCGACUCGGAGAGAGAGAGAGAGAGUCCAGUGCUGCCGGACCCUUUCAGUGAGUCCAUUGAAUGCUUCCAUUCUGCUGGACGUGAGCUGCACGUGGCACUGCUGCAUUGGCCAGAGCCGGCCCGGGGUGGACUCCCGCCGCAGCUCUUGGUGUGUGUGAGUGUGAGAACAGAGGACAGUACACACACACACACACACACACACACACACACACACACACACACACACACACACACACACACACACACACACACACGGUAGCCUUAGGAGGUCUUUUCCAGGACUCCACAGGCCUUCCUGUCAUAAGGCGAAAUAUGUGGAAGAGAACUCUCUCUCUCGUUGGCUCAUUCUCUCAUUUUAUUACCCACACACAGGGAGAGAGAGAGGCACACAGCUACACUGAAAUACACACACAAGGCAGAUUCCCCUCAUUGUAUUACACACACACACACACACACACACACACACACACACACACACACACACACGCACACACGCACACACGCACACACACAUGCGCGCACACACACACACACACACACACACCUACCUUAGGAUGUUUUUCAUUCAUUGUGUGCCUUCUCCAGGGGUUUCAGAUGUUGUUGUGAAAUGAAGAAAAGGAAACCUUCCCCAUGUGGUCCAUGAAGGGGACUCAGCAUCAAAUGUACAUAUAGCUACCAACUGUACAAAGAACCUAUGAUAGUCUCCUAUACAAUCAACAAUGACACCUUGCCUGCAUCAAGCUCAGUAUUUAUACCAAACAUAAACACAUUGAAUACCUCUUGAAGAAAAAUGAGUAAAAAUUAAACAUAAACCAGUACACUACAUUAUAACAAUUUAUUAUGUAUAUAGUCAUUACCUUUGGCUGAUUAAUGGAAGUCUUGGUGGGGGGGGG